AUGGAAAACGCAAAGAAAAAUAGAACUCGGCAGAGGAGAUUGUUUACUAAAGCAUGUAAGGAGUUCGAUGCUGAAGAAACAAAUUUAGAAACUUCUGAUAAAAUAAUCAAAUUAAAAAUUAUCGAGGAGAAAGCUAUGUUAAUGAUAAAUUCUGAAGACAAUGUUAAAGAGUUUCUUUUUUCUGAAAACUUUGAAGAUGAUGUUAUAAAUAAAGAGAUUGAUGAAUCUGAAAGCUAUAUAGACCGUUGGCGGUUGUUACAGUUGAAACUGCAACAACUUUCAACUGCAGGAAUGGAAGAAGUUUCGUCGAAUUGUGGUGUUUCUCAGCAGAAUACAUUAUUACGUUACCCUAAAAUUCAGUUACCUACGUUUAAUGGAGAUAUAAGAAGCUGGGUAAGUUUUUGGGGUCAAUUGGAGAAAGUCGAUAAAGACCAAAAUUUAGAUUUACAUGAUAAAUUUGCAUACCUAUCCCAAUGUAUGGAAAAAGGAAGUGUCACUGAAGAAUUAAUUAAAAGUUUUCCACCAGAAGGAAACAGUUAUGAGAAAGCUAUAGAACAAUUGAAAUUACGUUACGGCCGAGAAGAAUUACUUAUACAAGUGUAUGUUAGAGAUCUUUUAUCAUUGGUUCUUCAAAAGCAGAAUAUGCCGAAAAAAUCUCUGAGAAGUCUUUAUGAUUUAUUGGAAACAAAGCUCCGUGCUCUUGAGAUAUUAGGAGUAACAAGAGAUAAAUAUGCGGCGAUGCUUUUCCCACUUGUUGAAUCUGCUUUACCUGAGGAAACACUUCUAGCCUGGGAAUGGUAUAGAACUACAAAUCGUAAAUCGCAUGAUGAGGAAAAUCAAAAUAGUAAAACUACUACAAAAACUGAUCUAGAUUCAAUUCUUGAGUUUCUUCAAGAUGAAGUACAAGCAGAGGAACGUAUAAUUUUAGCCUCACAAAACUUUGGAUUUGAUACCAAGCCUAAUUUUAAAUCAUUCAAGGAGAAAAAGGCUGCAAAUAAUAAACACAAAUAUGGGGACACUCGUCAAAUAGCUAGUGCAGCUGAUCUUUUAACUUCGUCGAAAGAACAAAGACAGUGUAUAUUUUGCCACAAUUUACAUAAUUCCACUGACUGUUUGAAGGUACGGAAAAUGCCGAUGAAGGACAGAGAGAAUCUUGUUGAGAAAUCAGGUUGUUGUUUCCUGUGCUUAAAACCGGGUCACCAAGUUCGUAAAUGUUAUUCAAAAGUAACUUGUUUAGGCUGUGGAAAAAGACAUCACAUUAUACUCUGUCACAACGUAAACCAACGAACAUCUUUCUCUACUGGAAAAGAAACUGCAGAAGUAGAUAGUCUUCCGAAUGAUGAUCAAGCGCUUGCAAAUGUAUCCAAAAGUCCUAGUGUUAUUCUACUAACCUUAACAGUUUUCAUCAGAGUACUGAGUCAACCUGUUAUCUGUGAAAGUGUCCCACCGACAAUUCCUGCAAUUCAUUUAAAAGAGCUUAAUGACUAUGGUAUUCAUGUGAACGAUGAUUAUGACGGUCCUAUCGAAAUAUUAAUAGGAGCUGAUGUAGCUGUAAAACACAUUACCGGUGGUUGCAAAUCUUUAUCUUGUGGCUUAACAGCAAUGGAAACACGUUUAGGAUGGACCAUUAUGGGACGAAUAUCCCAGAUUUCUUCAAAAGAAAAUGGAAUUUCAGUUGCUAAUUCUAUGCUUUCUACUACUAGAACAAUAGCAGAAUUGUGGACUCUUGACUUCCUUGGAAUUACUGACCCAUCGGAUAAGAAAAUUAAAGAAGACUUGCAUGAAUCCGCCAAAGAGCAUUUUCUUAAAACAGUUCAGGUUGACAAAGACAAUCGUUUUGUGGUACAUUUACCAUGGCUGGAAGACCAUCCGCCACUGCCUGACAAUUUUAAUUUGGCUUUAAAGAGACUGGGCAAUACUGUACGAAAGUUAAAAGAAGAAAAUCUGUAUGGCGAUUAUAAUCAAAUAUUUGAAGAAUGGGCAAGAGAGGGUAUAAUUGAGGAAGUUCCUAAGCACAAGAUUCAUUUGCUGGCUCAUUAUUUACCACAUAGACAUGUCGUGAAAGAAAAUAGCACGACGAGAAUCAGACCUGUGUUCGAUGCUUCGGCGAAAGUGAAAGACUCCCAGCUUAAAUGA